AGAUGCCACUCCUGGGCGGAAGAGGAUCUAGGCCUGGCAAGCGGAGCUACGAGCUCAGCUGAUGCAACCUGAAGGGACUAGCGUGACAGUUCCCGGCACGCGGCGGCGGCGGCGAACGAGGAAAGGGCGCGGGUGCCAGCUAAGCGCGGGAAGCGGAGAGAGCGGAGCCAUGGGGGAUGCUCCAAGCCCAGAAGAGAAGCUGCACCUUAUCACCCGGAACUUGCAGGAGGUUCUAGGAGAAGAGAAGCUGAAGGAGAUCCUGAAGGAGCGGGAACUGAAGGUUUACUGGGGCACAGCCACUACCGGGAAACCGCAUGUGGCUUACUUCGUACCCAUGUCUAAGAUUGCUGACUUCUUGAAAGCAGGGUGUGAGGUGACCAUUCUGUUUGCGGACCUCCAUGCGUACCUGGACAACAUGAAAGCUCCCUGGGAACUUCUGGAACUUCGCACCAGUUAUUAUGAGAACGUGAUCAAGGCAAUGCUGGAGAGCAUUGGUGUACCGCUGGAGAAACUCAAGUUUAUCAAAGGCACCGACUACCAGCUCAGCAAAGAGUACACGCUGGAUGUGUACCGACUGUCCUCUGUGGUCACACAACAUGAUGCCAAGAAAGCCGGGGCUGAGGUGGUGAAGCAGGUGGAGCACCCUUUACUGAGCGGUCUGCUGUACCCUGGACUGCAGGCUUUAGAUGAAGAGUACUUAAAAGUAGAUGCCCAGUUUGGCGGGGUUGAUCAGAGGAAGAUUUUUACCUUUGCAGAGAAGUACCUCCCUGCCCUUGGCUACUCAAAACGGGUCCAUCUGAUGAAUCCCAUGGUCCCAGGGUUAACUGGGAGCAAAAUGAGCUCCUCAGAAGAGGAGUCCAAAAUUGACCUCCUUGACCGGAAGGAAGAUGUGAAGAAAAAGCUGAAGAAGGCCUUCUGUGAGCCAGGCAACGUGGAAAACAACGGGGUUCUGUCCUUUAUCAAGCAUGUGCUCUUUCCUCUCAAGUCCGAGUUUGUGAUCCUGAGAGAUGAGAAGUGGGGUGGAAACAAAACCUACACCGUGUACCCGGAGCUGGAAAAGGACUUUGCUGCUGAGGUUGUACACCCUGGAGACCUAAAGAAUUCUGUUGAAGUUGCCCUGAACAAGUUGCUGGACCCCAUUCGGGAAAAGUUUAAUACCCCAGCCCUGAAGAAGCUGGCCAGUGCUGCCUACCCAGAUCUUUCAAAGCAGAAGCCCACUGCCAAAGGCCCUGCCAAGAAUUCAGAACCAGAGGAAGUCAUCCCGUCCCGGCUGGAUAUCCGUGUGGGCAGAGUCCUCAGCGUGGAGAAGCACCCAGAUGCAGAUAGUCUGUAUGUGGAGAAGAUUGAUGUGGGAGAAGCUGAACCCAGGACUGUGGUGAGCGGCCUCGUACAGUUUGUGCCCAAGGAAGAACUACAGGACAGGCUGGUGGUGGUGCUGUGCAAUCUGAAACCCCAGAAGAUGAGAGGAGUGGACUCCCAGGGCAUGCUACUGUGUGCUUCUGUAGAAGGGGUGAGCCGCCAGGUUGAACCUCUGGACCCUCCUGCAGGCUCUGCUCCUGGUGAGCGAGUGUUUGUAAAGGGCUACGAGAAGGGCCACCCAGAUGAGGAGCUCAAGCCCAAGAAGAAAGUCUUUGAGAAGCUACAGGCUGACUUUAAAAUUUCUGAGGAGUGCAUUGCUCAGUGGAAGCAAACCAACUUCAUGACCAAACUGGGGUUCAUCUCAUGCAAGUCACUAAAAGGGGGUAACAUUAGCUAGCUGGCCCAGCAGCCUCCUCCUGCCAUCCUACCUGCUCACCUUGUUACAUCCAUCACUCAUUCCCAUCCCAGGGCACUGAUGCACCAGGUCUGGACUGCUGAUUAGAUGUGAAACUUGGUGAGGCACAGCUCACCACCUACUGUCUGGGAUCACCCCGCCUGGCCAAAAGGAACCUGACUGCCUGGGGUAAGGACAGCUGCCCAGCAGCAGACUGGCUGUACCUUCUUCCCUUGGCAGCUGACUGAAGAAAUCUGGUUUCAAUAGAACCCAUAGAAAGAGUUUACUCCACCGUCCUUAUAAUUGGAAAAACACCAGUUCCCAAGUUUCCAUGGGGUUAUCUCCGCAGCUGUACCUCUAGCCCAGAGCUAGUGCCUGGUCUAGGCUAAUUACAGCUUCUCCCCAACAGGAAAUUGUGGGAUUUGAAAAGAAGGAAAAAGAGAACCUAGAGGUCUCUGGAGCUUCCCCAGGCUGGCAGCAUUCUCAAGGCCUGCCUACCCUGAGGCUUGGCACCAGUGGCAGGAACUGCCCCAGCUCUUGGGCUUUCCCUUGAUCUGGCUAGGUUGGCACACUCCCUAAAUAAACCAGCUGUGUGUUAGCAGCAGGAUGGAAAUGGACUGACACAGUGUGCCACUUUCUUCAGAAUGUGAGAUACCCCAUAAGGCACCUCGAGCAGAUCACUAGCCACCACUGUCAAAUUCAAAUAAAGUGUCUGAACAAGG